AUGAAUGUCGGACGUCCGGUUCCUCGCUCGGGCUCGGGAGCCCAGGACAGCUAUGCGCCAGACCUACUGUACGCCAAUUUCAACCAGGACUACGGGUGCUUCGCAAUUGGCACGCAGACGGGCUUCAGAAUAUUCAACAGCGACCCGUACAAGGAGAAAAUGAGGCGAGAGUUCAAGGACGGAGGGAUUGGCAUGGUGGCCAUGCUGUACCGGUCCAACUACCUUGCUCUGGUGGGCGGCGGGCGGAACCCGCGGUUCCCGCCCAACAAGGUGAUGCUCUCGAGUUCCGGCUCCGACGUGCUGAACGUGCAGCUGCAGCGCGACCGCAUCGUGGUGGUGCUGCGCAACAAGUGCAUUGUGUGCUCGCUGGAGGCCAAGCCACGCCACCUACAUGCAUUCGAGACCAGCGACAACGACCGCGGCGUCGCGGCAAUCAGCGGCGGGAGCGAGAACGGCGUGCUGGCCUUCCCUGGCCGCCAGAAGGGCCACAUCCAGAUAGUCGACCUGCACUCGUGCAUUAACCUGUCGACUGACGCCAGCGCCAGGCCGGGCCUGACCAGGACCCGCAGCAAGGGCUCGGACGUGCAGGGCACCGUGCACCCAACCAACAUCAAUAUUGUCGCCGCCCAUGCGACUGCGAUCAGCGCCCUGGCCGUCAGUGCCGACGGCUCCAUGGUGGCCAGCGCCAGCGAGAAGGGCACUCUGAUUCGCGUGUUCGACACUGUGAGCGGCCGGCUGCUGCACGAGCUGCGGCGAGGCGUCGACAGGGCCGACAUCUACAGCAUUGCGUUCUCUCCCGACAACACCCGCCUUUGUGUGUCAUCAGACAAGGGCACUGUGCAUAUUUUCAAUCUGGAGGCGACGGCUGACCAGCAGCAGCAACAGCAGCAGCAGCAGCAGCAGGCGGCUUCUUCCUUGAAGGAUGUGCUGCCAAAGUACUUUUCGUCCGAAUGGUCGUUUGCCCACUUCCGGAUUGCCAGCGAGGUGCGCUGCAUUUGCGGCUUUGGCAGCGAGCGCAACAGCGUGGUGGUGCUGUGCGCUGACGGCACUGCACAGAAAUACUCGUUCGACUCGUACCGCGGCAGCUGCAUCCGGGAAUGGUACCGCAAGUUUAUUUAA